AUGACGGAUCUCCUAGGACGUUCAGGGAUGGUUGACUGUAAGCCCCUCACUACACCAGCAGCUGUCACUAAACUGGUAACACCUUCUGAGGAACUAUUCGAGAAUCCGACGCAGUAUCGGCGCAUCGUUGGGGCCCUACAGUACUUGACUAUCACUAGGCCACACUUGGCAUAUGCAGUCAACCGGCUGUGUCAGUUCAUGCACUCACCAACAGUUGAUCAUUGGGCUCUUGUGAAACGGGUCCUACGUUACAUCAAGGGGACACUCGACUACGGACUGCGUCUCACGUCAUCUCCUUCAACCAGUAUUCAUGCUUUUCCCGACUCGGACUGGGCUGGCUGUCCAAUAGACAGAAAGAGCACCAGCGGUUUUGCAGUUUAUCUUGGGACUAAUCUCAUUUCCUGGCUAUCCAAGAAACAACGCACUGUCGCACGCUCCUCCACUGAAGCUGAAUACAAGGCCUUAGCUGAUGUGUCUGCUGAGGUCACCUGGGUCGUGUCACUACUACGAGAACUAGGGAUGCAUUCUGGUCAGCCUUCAACUAUGGUGCGACAAUCUUGGGGCUACUUACCUAUGUGCUAA